AUGAAAGAUUUUUCAAAUGGAGCAAAUGAUACAUUGUGGAGCCUAGUGAUUAAAGCUGCUUAUAGAAAGCGCAGAUCAAAGCGAAGAAUAGAGUCUGAGGACGAACCUAAUAAUCUGAGUAAUGUACAAGACCAUCAAAACCCAACUAAGUCGACGAUUUCCAAAUAUGAUUGCAAUAAUAUGGAAUAUAGAACUGGAGAUAUUAGCAACACGGAUUACUUAUUGAAAUAUUUAUUGGAUGGUAAUAAAGGUGGCACAUUAGAGAAUAGCAAAUCUAAAUGCAAACCUUCUAGCAACAAUGUAUUUGAUGAUCUAUUUUUAACUGAAAAUUUAGUUAAUGAAAGUAAUCCAAGGCUUUCUUUGGAUUGUAAGGGUGAAAUUACAUUUGAUGAAGGUAAUUCAUCAAGUAAAGGAGGCUCAAUUGACUGGCUAGGUAUUAUGGAAGGUCGAGUAUAUGUUAAUGAAAAUAUGGCAGGUACAUCAGUACAACCAUAUGAAGGUGCAUAUAAAAAGUCAAAAAGUAUAAGGUGGUCACCUGAGCAAACAAAUAAGUUUUAUGAAGCUUUAUCUAUAUUUGGUACGGAUCUGAUGUUAGUAAAGUCUGUAUUUCCAGAAUUUACAGAUAAACAAGUACAUGACAAAUUUAAAAUGGAAGAAAAGAGAAAUAAGAGUAAAUUAGAUGAAAUACUUAUUCAUAGUAAAAGGAAACUAACUAAAAAAGAUAUUCAAGAGUUUAAGGAACGUUACUUAAUAAAAGAGAAUAGAUAA